CUUAAUAUCGAAACUAUUUCUUCUUUUUUUUUUGUUUCAACUAAUUCAGAUAAUACAACGACUAUGCUUAGGUACGGCAUUCUUUUACUGUUUGCCGUGAUAUUCAAUUCGGUGCAAACUGGUGGUACUAAAAGAUGUACCUCCAAGUCAACGCCGAUUGAACAAACAUGCACGUUUCAAAGUGAUGACGCUACAAUUACUAUUGAUGGAGACGAAGAUGAAUGCAAAAAAUACCCAACAAAUUGCUGCUGGAAAAACGACAGAUGCUUGACAAUCAUGAAAUCUGCUGGCAAGAAAAAAGAAUCAAAAGAAAAAACUGUUUUCAAGAAACCAGGAGCUGCCAGAUUUCUUCCUGGAUUUCAACCACCGAUUCCACCCAUUUGCCCCAAAAGGAAGCCUACGGUUCCACUGGAAUGCAAAUACCUGACCCCGCAGCCGUACGUGCUUGAUCCACCAGUAGAUGUACCUUACUGUGUCCGGAUACCCUGCUCUGAUGAUCGUAAAACUCAAGCCAUGUUAGACAGAGAACAUUUCGAAUGCGGAAGUCAACCGGGAUGCUAUUUCGACAAAGAAUUAUCCGAUUUUCGACAAGCUUUCGGACCGGGUGUCCUCGCCGGGGUUCCGGUGUGCCAGUUAGCUAUCAGGAACUUGAUUUUCCAAAGGGAAGCGCAAAAGUCUAUUGCCAUGGUGAAGAAAUGGAGUCCUUAUUACACCCAUUGCUUGCUUGAACGAUAUGAAGAAGAAAUGCAAGAGGAAAGACAGGGAUGCAAAUUUAUUGAUGUAUUGUUGGUUUUCAAAAUCUUACCAAAAAUGGCUGGGUGGAAAGGAAUCAACAGGAGACAAUGUCAUCUUAUUGAUGGUUGUUGGAAAUUUUCAAAAUGUUUUUAUCCGUACGAACUAACCCAAGAUUUGACUGUCAAAAGUGGACAACGAUUUGACAGGCACAACUAUGAAAUAACGUUCGGCCGACCAAAAUGCCAGGAAUUUGAUACCAGUACACCAUACACGACACUGAAAAGCUACCACGAUUGUCUCAUAGCUGGAUGUUCAGUUGAUACCAGUAUAUCAAAUAAUUAUUAUCAUUACUUUUUCGAACUGGGAAAAGGAAUGAAAACGGAAGAUCUGUGGAAAUAUUGGCCUAAAAUUGAAAGGGGAGAAAUAAACACUCUCAAUUUUGAAGCCGCAAUUUCGGCUUACCUAGAUCCAUCGCAAAUAGGAAUGCAGCCAAUGUCGGAGUCACCAGAUGACCAACUACCUCCUCCUCCUCCUCCGUCUGGGCCUUCUGAUCCAAUGUUUCGUCCACCACCUCCAGCAGGAGUUUUCGGUCGACCACCUCCAGCAGGAGUUUUCAGUCUACCGAGUGGACAUAGACGACCUGAACCUGUUGCUUCGGAAUCGAUAAGUUGCGGUCCGAGGUACAUUAACAAAAAUUCCCGUCCUUGCCCACCACCCAAACCUUCCAUUUUACCAACAUUCAAGCAUUGUCCGUACAAACCUGUCCACGUUCCACGUUUCGAUCCAUUGAAAGGCUCGUUCGCUGGAUGUUGCGAAGUUAACCUAUGUUACAUAUCUAGAUCUGAUAUUAGAAAAAUGCAUUCCGGGCCUUCUCGUUAUUUGACAGAGUGGUCGUACUGGACUAAAUGCACUACAACUUGUGGAAUGGGAACAAGAACGCGAACCAGAAAGUGCAUAGGAAAUGAUCCAGAAAAGUGCGAUAAAUCAAUGUUGAUCCAAAGAGAGGGCUGCGAACUAAGAAAAUGUGGAUCUUGGAGUAAUUGGAGUUCUUGGGGGCCACCAUGCGAGUGUGGUGCUUGGAGACAUAUCGCUGGCCAAACAAGGAAACGAGUAUGCUUUCCAAAUGGAGCAUUUUGCGACGGAGAAGAAGAAGAAUCACGUGAUUGUUCUGAUGUUUGUAGAUUUAGAGGAGGAUAGUCGAUUCCGCAAUACACAUACUUCAUGCUUCUAUUAUUGAUGAGCAAGGAAAAAUAAAGCCUGGUGUUGUUAAAAAUUUCGCUUCGAACUUUUUUGAUAUCUCAACAAAAUAAUCAAACAAUGCAUGCUACUUUUGAAUCUUCUGUUUUGUCGAGCUAUUAAAUUCAUGAGUGUGAAAGAGGAUAAUGUCAAUAAAAACAUCAUGAAAUCGAAAAAGUACAAUAAAAUGUUUAUUCUAA